GCGCGCGCGCAGUUUACCGCGCGACAGGUAGAAAGGCAUACGCGUCGCGCGUAAAUUCAAAUUUUUUAAAUUCCGAACACGGACGUUGGAACUUUUACUUUCGUCCGUUGCGUAAUAUCGAUUUUGUAAUACGUUAUUUUUUUUUAAUUUGUCGAUUUGUGCCAAUAGUGUUGUGUGUAGUUUGUGAUAUUGUUUUUUUUUGUGUAGUGUUCGGAUUAUGGAUUGAUUGUUGGAUACUUUGUUAACUUGUUGUAGAGGCAAAAUGACGGAUCUAGGGGUUGUGAACAAGGCGUUCGAGGGUGCAGAAGACGGCUUCCACACCAUAGACCUUCGUCCCAACCGGCGGGUGGAGCAGAACAGCACAGCUCAAAAUGCACUGGAGCCCGAGGCGGCGGCCCCAGAGGCGGCUGAGGGCCGGGCGCUCCGCUGCGGCUGGGGGGUGUUCCGCCCCGCCUGCCUGCAGCGCUUCAGAACCGCCAAGUGGGCGCUCUUCUGGUUGUGCUGGGCUGGGGCCAUACAGGGUAUGGUGGUGAACGGUUUUGUGAACGUGGUUAUAACCACCAUCGAAAAGAGGUUUGGACUGCGGUCCAUGCAGACGGGCGUUAUCGCUGGAGGAUACGACAUGGCUUCAUUCGUGUGCCUCGCACCUGUGACAUACCUGGGUGGUCGCAGUGGGUCGUCCAAGCCCAGGUGGCUGGGCUGGGGGGUGUUGCUCAUGGGACUCGGGUCUCUGCUCUUCGCGUUGCCGCACUUCAUGGUGGCCCCUUACAGGGUCGCCGGCGAGGAUCCUGACGACUUGUGCUCUGCUAACAGAACUAUUACCAGCUGUUCCGGAGACUCCCCGUCAGAGGGCGGGUCCUGGGCGGUGGGUAUCUUCGUGCUAGCACAGUUGCUGCACGGCGCCGGCGCAACUCCGCUCUUUACACUCGGCGUCACGUACAUAGACGAGAACGUGUCUAAGAAAAUGUCUUCAGUUUAUUUGGGUGUGUACUACACAAUGGCCGUCGUGGGCCCAGCGCUGGGCUACGUGGUGGGCGGGCAGAUGCUCAACAUAUACACUGACUUCGCCACAGUCGACUCCAAUUCGAUAGGAAUAACCUCCCUAAGUUCGGUGUGGAUCGGAGCGUGGUGGGUGGGCUUCAUCCUCUCUGCAGCUCUGUGCUUGAUCGUGGCUGUGCCGCUGCUGGCGUUUCCUUACGAACUGCCAGGAGCAGACGAAAUCCGCGCAUCAAAAGUAUCAGAAGCGCACGAGGGCGCCGCAUCCAAGUCAGCGGCUUUUAGCGCUUUACACGAGCUGCCCAAAGCGGCCGCUGCGCUGCUGAAGAACCCCACGUUCCUGUUCCUCAACCUGGCCGGGGCCAGUGAAGGCAUGUUGAUAUCUGGGUUCGCCGCGUUCUUGCCCAAACUUAUUGAGAACCAGUUCGCCGUCAACGCUUCGGAAGCAGCGAUGCUGUUAGGAAUAAUCACAGUGCCAGCUGGCGGAGGCGGCACCUUCCUGGGCGGAUGGCUCGUCAAGCGCUGGAGGCUGGCCUGCGCUGGCAUCAUCAAGCUGUGUGUGGCUGCCUCGGUCCUCGCUGGAAUCUUUACCUUCAGCUUCAUUCUCACGUGCGAGGACUACCCUUUCGCUGGCGUCACUGUCAUGUAUAACUCGCCUCCUGUCCCUGGCAGCGACCGGUUGCUAUCAUCGUGCAACAUAGGCUGCGGCUGCGCAAACGCCGCAUACGCGCCUGUGUGCGGCGCGGACGGCGUGGUGUACUUCUCAGCGUGUCACGCGGGCUGCGAGGGCCGCACCGUGUCGGGCGCCGCUCAGCUGUUCCAUCGCUGCGGGUGUGUGGCUCCUCCAGCCGGUAGCCCAUUACCGACCUUCAGUGUAGAAGGAUCAAACUCAUCGAUCCCGUACGAGGCCUCCAACAGCAUGUGCACGAGCGGGUGCCCGUACCUCUGGGCGUUCGUGUUCCUCACCUUCCUCGUCAUGCUGUUCACCUUCCUCGCCACCAUGCCCGCGCUCUCCGCCACCCUCAGAUGCGUGCGCGAAGACCAGCGCUCGUUCGCCCUCGGCAUCCAGUGGAUCAAGGUCCGGUUGCUGGGCACGAUCCCCGCUCCACUGCUGUUCGGCUUCCUCAUAGACCUCUCUUGCUCUUUGUGGGACACAGCUUGCAGCUCCACCGGGGCUUGCCUGCUUUACGACAACGUCAAUAUGAGCAGGUACAUGUUAGCUCUAGCUCUAGUCGGAAAACUAUGUUCCAUCUUAUUCUUCUUCCUCGCGUGGUGGUUCUACCGGCCGCCUGGAGGGAAGAGCGGCAACGCUGUAGUCCCCUCCGUGGACCUCGUGGUCUGCGGGGAGAAGAACGGCAACGUCGCGAACGGGACUGUUGGGAACGGCACGGAAAGGAACGGGUAUUGCAACGCCGCCUUAGAGUGCAGUGAACAUUUGUAGGUGUUGGAACGUGAUGUAAGAAUCUUCUUGGCCAUAUAGUGGCCUAAUAUGAAAUGCAGACUCGUAAGAAAUAGAUAGAUACAUGAAACCCUAGAGAGUUCAGUCUGUCAUUACUUAAAAUGAGUUUGUGUAUGGACGUUAGCCAGUUAAUUAUAUAAGAUACAAAUUCAAUUAAAUUAGGUAUGUUCGUAUGUCAUCUGGUGCAAUAAACACUUACCUACUUAGUUUAUUAAGUAGUAUUCUUCAUAUGUAUGUAGUAAGGGCCUCCAAUAGUAGAUGCGGAUCUUGUAUUGAAAGAUAUUGUGGCCAGCGCUGGCAGGCGCGUGCCCGAAUUUUUUUACGGUGUAAUGUUCUAAUUAUUUAUUUAUGUAUUUACUAAUACCCAGUGUAUUAAAUAAUUUUAUUUUGAUUCGAUGAGAUUGAAUGUAUUAUUAAUUGUUUGUGUAAAUAUUAUAUUACAUUUGUAUAAUAGAUAAGGAUAAAGUUCCAUCGUAAUUACCAGUCCGAAUUGGUAACGAAAUAAAUUAGAUCAUACUGCCUUCAUAUGGACGUGGACAAAAAAAGGCGCAACUGAAAUUUUUUUUCGAAGUAGACACCUUCUCUAUAAUAUUAAUAGUAUAAAUAUAUAUUUAUACUUAUAUACUAGUUUAUAUCUACUCUACUAUAAAGAGGAAGGAUUAGAAAAUAUUAUUUUUCGAUCAGAUUAACUUAAAAUAACUGGACCGAUUUUGGCACAGUUUGAAGUUUACGUCAGGAGUACCAAAUCAAAUCAAAACAUUUAUUCAUGAAAUUAAGACCUUCAUAGGCAUUUUUUCACGUCAAAUUUUAUAUUAAAUAGUAAUUUCUCACAAGCUACUGGCAUUUCGAAACGACCACUGCUGAGAUGAAUUGCCGAAAGAAACUCAUUUGAACAGGUCCUAAGCAUGCCAGAAGGAUUUACCAUUAUUGUUUCUUAAUUUUUUUUUCUAACUAACCUAUUACAGGCAUUGAAUUAUAAUACUUUACAGGCAACUUAGAAGGUCGAAAAGCUGCGUGUUUCCAUAUGACGGCAGUGUAAGCAAGUAGGAGAGGUCACAAUAUCUAGUUUAAAAUUUAGUAUCAUCAUCACAUUGACAGUGUUACCAGCAAAAUACCUUCAUGUUUGAAAAGCUGUUACAAAGUCGUAUUUGCUCAAAAAUAUCAAUUAUUGUACUUGUAGAACAGUUUUUUUAAUGUAACGAAUUAAUUGCUAAACCAAAUUUCCCGUUAUCGGAAAUUUCUUUCCUUGAAAAAUUAUUGAAAUUAUUAGUAUCUGGGAAUGUUUCCCAAAAAAACUUUACCGUGCAUUCUCGGAGAAAAUGUUAUAUUUAAUCAAGCGUUCGCGUGCAUUCUCUGAGAUUUUUUUUUCUUAUGUAAUUUCUCAGCCCUUAAAACAGUGAUUAUUUUGCGUUCUCUAUUAAGAUGUUGGUAUAUGGCAUUAGGUUGAUGUCAUUCCACUUAAUUUCUGUUGUAAAUUAUAUUAUCUGUGAUGUUUUAGUCUUUAAAAUAUUUAAGUUAGGACAGUUACAAAUUAAGAUUAUAUAUUAAGAAGUAUUAAUAAAUACUGCGAAAUUAUUACAUGAACAUUAAAAAUAACAUGCGUAAGUAGGUAAAUUUAUUUAUGUACUUUGUAUUUAUUUAUUUAUGUAUAUAUCAGCCAAAUAUAUUAAUGUAUGUACUUACAUGAUUAAAGUUUCAAAGCGUAUAAAAAAAUAUUAUGAAACUUUUUUCAUUAAGGCUUAUCACAAGACAUUUCUUGUAUUUAAUUGCGUAUUUGUAAAAAUAUCCUUUAAUUUAAAGAUAACUUUAAAUUUUUAAUGAUAGUUUCAAGAAUUAUACUUAUUUUCAUUAAGUCUGGGAACACGCCCUCGAUAUACAUUUAUUGAAUGUUACGGUUAGGUGAGGAGCAAUCUGUCAAUAAUGCUGCUCAAUUCUCAGACAGAAAUUCCCUAUAGGUCCUCAGUAUUUUUAACAUUUAGGGCUUUGAAAGCAGAUACAAUUUCUGUAACAAUUUCAUCUGGUGUAUAUGUCUAAAUCUAAAAGUGGAUUUAGUGUCCGAAGCAUUUAUUUUUAAUAGGGUCUCUGCCGCAUUGGGACAGGAGGAAAAGGAUCCUGUGGUAUUCUUGUUACCUAUUGGCUAAUCCAUACUUACUAAACUGAAGUAUAUAUUCCAAGUCAGUAAAAGAAACAACUGUGUAUAAUUAGUAAUUCUAUUACAUACUCUAUAUUUUUGUCGUGUGUUAAGAUUAGACAAUACAGUAAUCUAAUCAUCAGGUCAGGUGUAAAAAAUAUAUGUUUAUACAACAUUUUCGCAGAUUAGUGUAUCAUAGAGUACAACCCUAAUGGCACAAUUUUGAAAUUAACCGUUUUAAAUGUUUUUUAAUGAUCGUAUUAAUAACAUUAGUAAUUCCUAUGUAGUGUUUCACCACUCGCUGAUAAAGUACCAGAUAGCCUAUAUGAAACAUAUCAAACAGCGUUAAAAUUGUGCUUCACGAUUGUUGCAUAUAUAUGGCUAUCUGUCAGAUUACAAUAUGACAUUUUAUUAGAUAGCGGUGAAACGGGCCUUUGAUAAGUACUAUAUGUACAGUUAACUUAUUUGUUGAGUUGUUAAAUUGUGUAUUUUGGUUAAAGACUGAUUCUUAGUAUAAUGUUAGGAAUUGUCGUGUGUAUGUAGCAAUAUAUUAUGUGUAUAUUCCUAAGAUGGAAUAGCAUAACUGUUUACAUGGUUGUCGAUUCUGGUAGGUCACAGUUGUCGCGAUGGUUUUAAAUGUUUACUAUUGAAGAACAAUUGAUACUCGAAUGUGACUGCGGGAUUCGAAGGAUUUAAAAUUAAAUUACUUAUAUGAUUUACACACCUGGAUCUUAAUGUUAAUAAGAUGGGUGUUCGGUUUUGGUACUACGCAACUUUACAUAAUAUAUAAGUAUGUAGUCACAUGUCUGAUAUUAACUUUUGCAAAGGAUAUUAAGGAGUGUCAAUUUUUUUGUAGCACAAAUCCCUAGGAAGUUCUCUUACUUUAUUCGGUUUUGGUAAAUGUGUUUGGCGAGUGUGUAAUGUGUAUAAGGUGGUAGAAAAAUAGAACUAUCUCCAUUUUUGUAGGUCGCAUGUUUUUCUAUAUAACAAUGUUGAAGUAAUAACCCAUUCAGUUCAGAGUUGGACAGUUAAUAGAAUAAAGGCAUAAAUAUUAGAUGAAAAAAUCUCACGAAAAAAUCUAGCUAUUUUUCCCACUGUGUAAUUUUCUUUAGAAUGAAAUAUCUUAUAUUAGUCUGAAUGAGUCCAUAGAACAAUAGAAUUAUAAAAAAAACAAGUUUUCAUAAGAAAUAUUCCAAAAAAGUACAAUAUCCGACGUUUUUAUGAAUUUUACAUUUUUCUAAUAUAAUAAUAUGUAUUAUAUUCGUACUAAUAUAAGCUAAUCGAUUUUGAAAUUGUACAAUUUUACACCGAUUGAUUGAAAUAAAAAAAAAAUCCAAUUUUA